AGAAAAGGUAUUGCUUACCUGGUAAGUUAGUUGAUACACAGCUUGUGAUGAACUCGACAGCGACGCCGAACCAGCUGCGCCUGUUGACGCUUCGAGCGUUGCAUAUUUGUAAAUGGAGACAAGAGCUUGAAAACGAAGAAAUACUGAAUUGCUAUCCGAACGCGCUAAGUUAUCGCUAGCGUGGCUUGGGAGUUAAUUAACCACGUGACUUCAUGGUUUCAAUAUCACGUGAUAUAAGCAGGAGAUAUUGGCAGCUGCGUUCCCCUUGUUUAAUUACAGCUAUCAGCCUCACGCGAUGACCGGGAUAACAAAGUUGACCGGGUCCAAUUACCGCGUCUGGAGCCUGCGGGCGAAGCGGCUCCUGCAAUCCCGCGGGCUCUGGGAUGUCGUGGAACCCCUCCCGAGGGCAGACAAGGCAGGGGAGCAGCCCCAAGCACCGGGCGGUGACGUGCCUGCCGCCGCUCCUCCCCCAGCCGCAGACUUCGAAGUCCGCGAUGCCCAAGCGAGCUGUCUGAUAAUGGAGCUUUGCGACCCCAUCUCCCUCAACCUCAUCGUCUCCACCGAAUGCGCGCAAAUGCAAUGGGUGCGUCUGCGGAGGUUCUACGGGCCCUCAUUGGGGCAGUAUCAGGGGCUACGGGAGGAGUUUGGGGAGUUCGCUGCGAAGGCGGGAGGAAAGGGGUGGGCGGAGAUUGCGGGGGAGUUAGAAGGCCUGCAGCAGCAGAUUGGGGAGGUGCCGGGAGGGGUAAAGCCGGGGGAAGAGGAGAUGCUGGGGGUACUGAAUGAGGUGGCGCGGGGGAAGGGGGGUGAGUAUGGGAAGCUUGCUGGAUAUCUUAGGUUAAAAGGGGAGUAUACGUAUCAGAACUUUUUGAUGAGCCUGGUGUCGUUGGAAUGGCAAGAGGCCAGGAGCUCGGGGAAGAAGAAUAAAGGAGGCGGCUGGAAGAAAGGUGGCGGAGGGCAAUAGGGUUAUGGAAGCAGCUGUUCGUAGAAUAAAUAUAAAGCCGUC